GGAAUUACUAGUGUGAAGGAAAGUAAAGGUGGAAUUGGAGCAAUGUCAAAUAGAUCUGAAGAUGAAGUUUCUUCAGUUGAUAAGGUGGAGUUUCAAGAUAGUGGAUUUGAUGUUAGAAGGCAGGACAGUUUGGAUAAUGUCGGUAAACCAGACAAGGAUCUUGCUACCAACAUUUCUUCGAAACAAUUGGAAGGGACUGAUAUCCUACAGCCACCACGUAAUUCAACUGACAAGAGCCGAAAUGAAGACGCAUCUCCAAAAAUCAUGCCGAUCGUGUCAACUGGGACACUAGAGCACCAAGAUGAUGUCUUGAGCUAUGGUAAGGAUUCCGAGGAUGGAAAUGCUUUUGCGAUUGACGUGGUUCCAAUCAAAACGGAAACACUAACGGGCGUCUCUGAAGAGAGUAGGGAAGUUGGUAAUGGUCCUAGUGCUGCAGAGUUUUCCGUUGAGCAACGGACUGAUUCCAAUGGGAAUGAAGAAGGUGAGGUAAACGGAAACUUAUCCGAUAACUUGAUUCUUCCUAGUGAACAUGCUGCUGGUGAAGUAUCGAAAACAGAAGAGUUUAGUGAUAGGCUGGAUUCUAAGACAUCCAUGAAUGAAACUGUUAAGCAGGAAGAGACCAAUGGGAAUGUAAGCCCGAGAAUGGAUUUAGAAAGAAACGUAACUGAUAUUUUUAAUCGAAUGGUGAGGAUGCUAGUGUAA